UAAACUUAUAGCUUUUUUUUCUUUUACAGUGGCCCACUAGAUAUGAUAGGUGACUGCAAGAUACCAUUUUUGGAUGAAAUAUACAAGAUUGAGGGACCUGGAGCCGAUCCGAUAACACUAGCUGACGGACAAUUUAAAAGGAAGAGCGGCCCUGAAUGUAAAUACUGCAAGGCGGAUCCUGAGAAAGAAUGCAGAUUUUGCGCCUGUCGAUUAUGUGGUGGAAAGCAGGAUCCGGAUAUGCAGCUGUUGUGUGAUGAGUGUAAUAUGGCCUAUCACAUAUACUGCCUGAACCCACCCCUCAGCAAGAUACCAGAUGAUGAGGACUGGUAUUGCCCCUCCUGUAAGAAUGAUACAAGUGAAGUCGUGCGAGCAGGGGAAAAACUGAAAGAAAGUAAGAAGAAGGCCAAGAUGCCAUCUGCCAGCACUGCAAGUCAGAGAGACUGGGGCAAGGGUAUGGCCUGCGUUGGUCGCACAAAGGAAUGCACAAUAGUUCCUUCCAACCAUUAUGGUCCCAUUCCUGGCACUCCUGUUGGCACAAUGUGGAAGUUCAGAGUUCAGGUGAGUGAAGCAGGUGUUCACAGGCCACAUGUUGGAGGGAUUCAUGGACGAAGUAAUGACGGAGCCUACUCUCUGGUGCUAGCUGGUGGCUUCGAGGAUGAAGUGGACAGGGGUAAUGAAUUCACAUACACUGGAAGUGGUGGUCGUGAUCUUUCUGGAAACAAACGAAUUGGAGAACAGUCCUAUGAUCAGACCCUUACCAACAUGAACAGGGCACUGGCUCUUAAUUGUGAUGCUGUGCUGAAUGAUGAGGUUGGAGCCGAAGCCAAAGAUUGGAAAGCUGGAAAAUCGGUCCGUGUUGUCAGGAGUUCAAAAGGUCGGAAGGUCAGCAAAUACGCACCGGAGGAAGGCAACAGAUACGAUGGAAUUUACAAGGUGGUGAAAUACUGGCCUGAAAUUGGAAAGUCAGGUUUCCUGGUGUGGCGCUAUCUGUUGCGACGUGAUGAUGUAGAACCUGCUCCUUGGACCCCAGAAGGAAAGGACAGGACAAAGAAGCUAGGGUUGAAAAUGCAGUAUCCUGAAGGAUACCUGGAAGCCAUGGCAAAUAAGGAGAAAAAGGGCAAGAAACAGAAGCGGCCCUCAGUCAUGAACAAUUGUAGAAGAACAACUCAAAAGAGGCGACAGGAAAAUGCCGGCUCUGCCACGGUGACUACGCCACCACCUCCAAAGACUGCAAAGCCUUCUCAGGAUGAUGCUGAGGGAGAAACUUAUCAGCUCACACCACAGCAGCAGUGGCUGAUCAGAGAGGACUGCUUGAAUAAGAAACUUUGGGAUGAGGCACUUGCCUCUCUUAUGGAAGGCCCGAAAUUCUUAAGGAAGACCGAGCAGAUCUUCAUGUGUAUUUGCUGCCAGGAGUUGGUUUUCCAGCCAAUCACAACAGAAUGCCAGCACAAUGUUUGCAAGAGCUGCCUGCAACGAUCAUUCCGGGCCCAAGUCUACACUUGUCCUGCCUGUCGCCAUGAGCUUGGAAAGGAUUACAACAUGGUUCCCAACAAGAUUCUGCAGUCCAUUCUGGAUCAGUUCUUUCCAGGAUAUAGCAAAGGACGAUGACACUCAAUUGCGCAGUUUGUCUCCCAUCUGCACAAAUUUGUACAGGGGAGGGAAGGCCGGGGUAGGGGGAGAGAAUUAAAACAAAUGUCAGUAAUGGAUCAAUAGGACCUGAAGGUAUACAACUUGAGACCGUCAUUUUAGCACAUCUAAUAUUUCUUCCCCACUUGGUCCAUCUGUAAUACUUCAUUACGCUGUGCAUAAUACAGCAUAUUCUUCUUUCCCAUUGACUGUCUAGUAACACCUAAGGUAGUUUCCUUUGCCAACACAUAGGCUCAGCCUCGUAAGGUAAAUGGUCUGAUGCUAGACUCAUGUUUUUUAAAACUACCUCAAGACAGUGGAAAGGAAUUUGUGGGAAGUUUUCAGUCUAAAAGAAGUCCAGCUACACACUGCCUCUUUGAAUCAAUAUUAUCUGUGCCUGGUCCAUAAUGCUUGGUUUUGAAAUGUAAUAGCACUGAAAAUUAUAACUGAUUUAAAGUAAUUCUGUGGUGACUAUAUCUCUCUUUACCUUGAUUUUAUAAUGUUGCUAUUUUGAAAAAAAAAUCUAAAAUGUUAAAAAAAAUCAGCAAGUUUAAUGGGCUUUCUUGUGAGGUUGAGUGUGCAUUCUGUUAUAUUUUGAAUGGUUUGACUACUAAUGGCUUUUAAGGUUAAUUAUGUAACAUUGUACCUACAUUAGUGUUCAGUAAUUUCUGUAUUGUUAUUUGCAUAUCUAAAUGCAAAAGAAAUAAAAAGCACUUCUAGUCAAACAGAAUACAUCAUGUAAAGAAAAUACAUUUGUUAUUACUGAAUAUGCCACUUUUAGUAUUUUAGUCACACAUAUUAUAACUAGAUUAUUUGUAUGUGACAAUUAUGUCUGUAUCAGUGUUAAAACAAUUCUAGCUUUGAGGGGGUGGGAGUAGAAAAACACUUCAUAUUGUCAUUUUGAGAUUUGAUAUAUAUUCCUUGACCAGUACUUACCAAUAAACAUGUUAACAUUUGAAA